CCGCCGCCCCCCGGGCCCAGCUCCGGCGAUCAGGAGCUGGAAGGCAGCACCUCCCCUCCUCCUGGCCUGGCUUCUUCUGCAGAAUCCAGUUCACUAGGACUGUGUGGUUUGCUUUUUACUCGGUGGGGAGAGAAGCAGACGAUGAGGAGAAAAUAAUGAAUGUCAAAGGAAAAGUGAUCCUGUUAAUGCUGGCUGUCUCGACUGUCGUCGUCGUGUUUUGGGAAUAUGUCAACAGCCCAGGAGGCUCUUUCCUGUGGAUAUAUCAUGCAAAAAACCCAGAAGUUGGUGACAGCAGCCUCCAGAAGGGCUGGUGGUUUCCGAGCUGGCUUAACAAUGGGACCCACAAUUACCAAGAAGAAGAAGACACAGACAAGGGACAAAGACCAGAAGAUGACAAUGAAGAGCUUCGACUAUCAGCCUGGUUUAGUCCACAGAAGCGCCCAGAGGUUGUGACGGUGACCAGAUGGAAGGCGCCAGUUGUGUGGGAAGGCACUUACAACAGAGCCAUCUUAGAACGUCAUUAUGCCAAACACAAAAUUACUGUGGGCUUGACGGUCUUUGCGAUUGGAAGAUACAUUGAGCAUUACUUGGAGGAAUUUUUAACAUCUGCCAAUAGAUACUUCAUGGUUGGCCACAAAGUCAUAUUUUAUAUCAUGGUGGAUGAUGUCUCCAGAAUGCCUGUCAUAAAGCUGAGUCCCCUGCGGUCCUUGAAAGUGUUUGAGAUCAAGCCCGAGAAGAGAUGGCAGGACAUCAGCAUGAUGCGCAUGAAGACCAUCGGGGAGCACAUCGUGAGCCACAUCAAGCAUGAAGUGGACUUCCUCUUCUGCAUGGACGUGGACCAGGUCUUCCAAGACAGCUUUGGGGUGGAGACCCUGGGCCAGUCAGUAGCUCAGCUGCAGGCCUGGUGGUACAAGGCCGAUCCCGACGAGUUCACCUAUGAGAGGCGGAAGGAGUCCGCCGCCUACAUCCCUUUUGGCAAGGGGGAUUUCUAUUAUCACGCUGCCAUUUUUGGAGGCACCCCAAAUCAGGUCUUAAAUAUCACACAGGAGUGCUACAAAGGAAUCCUGCAGGACAAGAAAAAUGACAUAGAGGCCGAGUGGCACGAUGAAAGUCACCUAAACAAGUAUUUCCUUCUCAACAAACCCACUAAAAUCUUAUCCCCGGAAUACUGCUGGGACUAUCAUAUAGGCCUGCCUUCAGAUAUUAGGAUUGUCAAGAUAUCUUGGCAGACAAAAGAGUACAGUUUGGUUAGAAAUAACAUCUGACUUUUAAUUGUGCCACAUGAAAAACACCUCUGGAGGAGAAAGAUCCCUCCUCCCUUAAAUAGGCUGGGCUUCUGAAUUGGAGAACUACUGGCUACUUCAUCAGAAGAGUAACCCUUAAUCUAAUUCUUCAAAUACUAACAACACUUCGAAGCUUGUAGCACAGAGAAGGAAUGGUAAUCAGCUGCAAAGACAAAGCCAGAACCGGUCUUCAUGUACCAGAUAAUGUACUGGGGGAAAGGGUGCUGGGAAGUGUUUGGCAACAAGAGACAAUGGUGGGGGAUGGCCCCUUGGUUUCAACACCUUCUGGUCUUGCUGAGACUAAAGCAACAGAGAGCUGCCCUGCAGCCUGAGAACUCUUUGCUGGGACACACUCUACCCCGGCUCUCCUCAGAUGGUUUCCAUGGGAGAUUGCUGGCUCCAGGCCAUUUAUAGCUCAUGUCCUUUUCCUGGUGGGGUGUUGUUUGGCUUCUAUGGAAAGGAUGGUUGAGAUUCCCAGUGGAGAUCAUGAUGGCAAAUGCUGGGAGUUGCAGGGACGCUGCAUGAACCAGCAGGUGCUGUGUGAUGUGAAAACAAUGCCUCAAAGUGAGUUGGCCAUGAAAUCACAAAGGAGAGUGGAGAGAGAGGGGAUUGAUCUCCGAGGCCAGUGCCACCUCAGAGGGGCACAGGGGGUGCACUUCAGUGCAUCGUGGACCCAGAUUAAUGGAAGGCAGCAUGGGUCAUCUCCAGCCUUCUCUGUCCUGUGACUACUAGAACAGCCGGGACUGAAAUAGAAGAUACUUCUUGUUCUGCCCGACUCAUAUUCAGUGUGCAGACUCUCAACUGUAUCUUCAGAUCCUAGGCCAGAGAUAGUGGAUGUGUCCCAGAUGAAUAAGGUUUGCAGUGAGUUGAAGAGAUUUGCAAGGAUUUACAAUUUCCAGACCUGGGCUUCCUGGUGUUCAGUCACCCUGACCUGCACUUCAUGAUGACCAGUGGUCAGCAAGUCCUGCCACCUGCUCUAACUCUCAGGAUCUCAGCUCAUCCUGCCCUACCUGGAAGGCUGGUGUCAAGGAAUGUAUUGGAGGAAAACCCCUCCCAUCAAGGAAUCAAGUAACCUCUUAUUUUCCACUGCCCCCUCUGCACCAGGGAUGCCUAACAACCAGAUAGAUGCCUAUAAUAAAGGCAAUUAGCCAUUUCAAAAUUAAUUAGUCAUUUUUUAAUUAGCCAUUUAAAAAAGGCUAAUUGCCUUUAUUACAAAGACAGAGGGGCUGGCCAUUGGAGACCCAAUCCUCACAACUGAAUAGCUUAACAUUCAAUUCCCUUCUCUAAGAGAAGCGAUGCCAUCCUACAUGUUCUUUAAAGUCAAGUGAUUUGCUGUAAAGGAAGUCAGAGGGCCUCAUCUGCAUCUGCAGGUAUCUUUCCAUUUUGUUUGUGUUUCAGGUGAGGUCACUUGUUUCCCUUUUCAAGCGAUUUGUCAAAAGAGCCAUCACACUGGCUUGCUGUGUAGCACAGCUUCUUCCGUAAAGUGAAACCUGCAUUUUUCCUUCCCUCUCACGGUGCCUCCCACUUUUCAAUUCUUGCCAAAAAAUGUGACAACCCAGAAAAUAAAACACAAUCAACAGAAAUCCUGAAGAAGGGGACUUUGUGAAAGGAAAGAGGAGACCACUGUUAGCAGAACCCAGCCAUUUUUCAGCAGUGGGAGCCGGGAGGAGUGGUGGUGUUUUCAACCUGCUGCUCCACCACAAGCUGGUGGUGGCAGUUGCUGCUCAGAGCCCUUUUAUGUAAAGCGCACUUCCUGCAUUGUGAAAGGUGCUAUGGGCUGACUGGUAGAUGGUCCAGGAUUGAAAAAUGGUCCAAUCAGACUUGUGGGCAAGGCACCCUGAAAGAGGAUAUAAGCCAGGGCUGGAGGGAGCCAAGGGGGACGACAGGACCCCAGCUCCCAGAGAAGACGAGAUGCCGCCAGCCCUGAAGAAAAGAGGACAGUUCCAGCCUCUGAAGAAAGAAGAAAAGAAACAUCUAGCAGCUGCUCUCCGAGGAGGGAAGAAAAGCCAAAGGAUUCUGUCACAGACUGGGCCUCGAUCCUGUCUCUGCCCUGGACCUGGUGUCUCAAAGAGCUGUCUGUUGUUGGUAUGACCCAACAACUCACAAAGAGCUGUUAACCCUGGGUGUCUGACACCGCCUCUGUGAGACCAGUAGUGGCCAUCACUGCUGGCUAGUGCUGUCCAGCCCUCCUGGCGACUGGUGGCGACCAUCACUGAUGCUACCUGGGUGGGAUAGCUGCCACUUGUGGGUACAGUAAGCUCUUUGUUUCCCCCCUUUGUAAAAUAAACCCCAUAGUUGUUCCUAUAGCCUAAGGUCUCCUGUAAUUGUGCACACUGGUGAGAACCCACAGACAGUGACCUGUCCUUUUAUCAGGCACUGUCCUUUGCUAGGCUAUAGCUUUUGGGUUUUGGUCUUUUGGGGCUUUUUGGUGGCUCUCUGUUCUCAGAGCCUGGGCAUGCAGGUGGCUGUUCCAUCCAUCCAGCCUCCUGCCCUGUGGCCUCUCUUGUGGCCCUCUCCGCCCUUGUUUACAACUACAUCAGUUAAGUCUCUUGUUUCUCUAUGACCCUGGUUUUCUGGGGUCCACCCCAGAGUAGGGAGAGUUCAUGGUUUAAGUUCUGAACCAAAGAAAUUAUCUACUCUAAAAUAUUAAGAGAAAAAUGCUGUAUUUCCUUUUGAGGGACAUUAGGCUAUAGGAACAACUCUUGAAUUGCAUUUAAAUUUAAAUCCUAAAUGGACAAAAGAUUUCCUUCAAUAUUCCUGAUUCACAAUUGAAUAAAUUAUUUUCUCAGUAUACUCUGGUUCUGGUAAUGGAUUGUGCAUUUCCUCCUAAAGAUGUUGAAAAUGUUGCUGAUAGAACUUGAAAAUCUUGGGUGUUAAAAAGUCCUGGCACCUUCCUGAAAGUGUGUCCACUGAUACAAAGAGAAAAAGCCAUAUAGCUGAGAUUUCAAAACGUGUAAAACAACCAGUGCUUAUAGAGAGCUUUCCACAGUGAUGCUCUGCCAGUGGAAGAGGUGGAAAAGGAUUGUCUCAAAGCCAGGCAGGGCAAGGGAGGCAGCAAUGCCGUGGAGCAUCUGGGGGUUACUAAUCCUGUCUCUGGAAAAUGUCUGGAUGUCCAGCAGGCAGGUGUAUUUGUAAUAAAUAUGACAACUAAAGAUGGCCAGGCUGAUGCAGGGAGGUACACUGGACAUAAACAGAGCAUGACUUUCACAUUGUAUAGAUGAGUAAGGUGAGGUUCAGAGAGAUUAAGCCACCAGCUGGGAAGUGGCUGAGCUGAGGCUCACAGCUUAGAAGCUAACAAGGAGAAAUGUGUCAGUACCCAAUACCAUGCACAGGUGGGGGGCUAUUCAUAGCAAGGUAAAUGCAACUUGAUAGAAGAAUCUUCUAAAGUGGCAUUUUUUGCCAUAAGGAAGAAUAUUUUAAAAACUGUGCCAAAAUAUAUAGAAGAAAAUAUAGGUAAAACACUACAAAGCAUACAUCGCAAUAACAUCUUUAAAGACUCAUCACCCAGGGCCUCCCUGGUGGAGCAGUGGUUGAGCGCUGGGUUGCAAAGCUGCCCGCAGCCUCUGCAGUGCCGGUUCGAUCCCCGGCUGCUCCCUGGCCACCGAAGGAGGGUCCCACAUGGAGCGCAGACCUCUCCUGCCGCCCACUGCUCCCCUCAGCAGUGUACUUCGGUCCUUCUGCC